AUGAAAAUUCAGUUCUAAAGAACAUCUGUCAUCUAUUAAAAUAUAGUAAACUUAUUUAAUUUGUACUGUUCUACAGUAGUUGUUUAGCUCUAUAUAUUUCUCGGUCGCAAUUGGCACUAUUUAUAUAUAAAAUUACUUGUACUGAUAAGGUAAAAAGUAAUACAAUCGAAAUAAUCUUAUUCGUGAAAUAAAUAAAAACUAGAAAGCGAUGCUAUAUCUUGACAGUAGUUCUUUGUUGUGAAACACUUAGAUUUGUUUUUUAAAUGUCUGUAUCUUUGUGCGUUUUACGGAUAGAAAUAGACGAAGAAGUGACUGAAAUGGGUGAUAAUCCAGUUGAAGUUGAACUAGCUAAAGAACAGAAGAAAAAAGAUAGAGGUGCUCGUGACUCAAAGACCAUAACUGUGGAGACAUAUGCCAGUGUCCUUAUGGGACCUAACAGCGUUUCCGGGAUAUUACCUACAAGUUCACGCAGGUCUCCUUUAGAGGGUAGCACAUCUGAAGAUGAUAACACCAUCAGCUUUUUUUGUGGUAACCCAUUAGUAGAAGUUACAAAAGGUGUCCUCCAUUUGUAUAAGGAAAAUGAAUUAAAGGAAGCAGAAGAAGCUAAGACCCUGUGUUUGCUGUCAGUUCCUGGUGCAUUAGGAGCUGCUGACCUAUUGGCUUUUGCUGCAGCUUGCCAGGAGGAUAUAUCACAUGUUAGGGUACUACGAGAUGGUUCUCCUGACCACUACAUGGCCCUGCUUACGUUUCGAACAUGUCAGUCAGCACGGGAGUUCCAUUCUGCAUUUUCGGGUGUACCCUACAGUAGCCUGGAACCUCAAGCUCUGUGCCACAUGGCCUGGGUGUCUCGUGUAGAGUGGGCUCGUCAUGGAGCUGCACCCCCUUCGCACACUGAGUUGCCUACUUGCCCUGUUUGCCUGGAGCGCAUGGACGAGAGCGUGGCGGGCGUGCUGAGCGUGCAGUGCGCGCACGCGUUCCACGCGGAGUGCCUCGUGCGCUGGCGGGACGCGCGCUGCCCCGUGUGUCGCUGCGCGCAGACGCCCGAGCCGCGCGAGCGGGCGCUCUGCCAGCAGUGCGAGAGCGAGAGAGAGGGCGAGGACACGGUGGAGGCGGAGGAUGAGUGCGCGUCUGCGGGCGAAGGAGAGGGCGGCGAGGGCGCGGCUGAGGGGCUGGACGCGGGUUCGCUGUGGAUCUGUCUUAUCUGCGGACACGUGGGCUGCGGCAGGUACGAAAAGGGACAUGCCGCUAAACACUUUCAGGCGUCAAAUCACACAUACGCGUUACAACUCGGCUCGAACAGAGUUUGGGAUUAUGCAGGCGACAACUUCGUGCACCGCCUCGUGCAGAACAAGGCGGACGGCAAGCUGGUGGCGGCCGAAGGCACCGCACACGACGACAAGCUGGACAACGCGCAGCUCGAGUUCACCUACAUCCUCACGCGACAGCUGGACGGCCAGCGCUCCUACUACGAGGAGAGGAUCGCGGAGCUGGAGCGCGCGCGCGCGGCCGAGCUGUGCGCGGCGCGGGCGCGCGCGGCGGGCGCGGGCGCCGAGGCCGCCGCGCUGCGCGACACGCUCGCCGCGCUGCGCCGCGACCACGCCGCGCUCGAGCGCCGCCUGCACCACCUCACCGCCAAGGUGUCCACACUGCAGAGUGCGCUGUCGGAGGAGCGCAGCCUGGCGGCGGCGAUGGCGCGCUCGCACGCGCAGUGGCAGGAGCGAGCGGACGCGCGCGAGCAGGAACUCGCCACCGAGGUGGCAGAUCUCAAAGAACAGGUACGCGACGUAAUGUUCUUCGUGGAGGCUCGCGGACAACUGGAAAAGACUGAAGUCGCUACGCAAGAGGAAAUCGCGUCCUCCAGCGUCACCGUGCAAGCGCCUGCUAAGCCGCGUAGACGAAGGCGAUAACUGUCAGAUAUUUUCAUUACAAACGAUUUAAUUGAAAAAAAUCCUCAACACUGAUUGUGAGGCAUUUAAAAAAAGAAUACGAAAUUACCUUUACGAAUCGUUUUUUAUUUUGGCUUGGAUCCAAAAAACGCAAUAAAAUUGUGUUAGAUUCAUCAGAAAGAUAGUUUGUAAGCGAUUAUUGUAAAUAAAUAUUCAUGAAUGUUGGACCAUGUAAAAAAAUCGCUUGCUCAUUUAAAAAUAUCAGCUUCAUAGAAUACAGUUUUUUUUUUCUUCUAAUAAUACUUAUUUGUAGUAUACUAAGUUGUAUUAAAACAGAAUAAUUUUCUAGCUGAGCACAUUACUUACAAAUUUAUAUAUACUGUGAUAUAACUUAAAAAUAAAUAUUUAAUUUU